UUAUCGACUAGGUCUGUGCAGCUUAAAGGAGUAAAAUGUAAAUACUAAAAAUAAACUUCGGUAUUAUAAAUUAGGGACUGCAUCGUGGGUAUUGAACAACUUCAAUAUUUAUCAAUUAUCACUCAUCUAAAAACUAAUCCAUAUUAAUGAAAGUUAUAUAAUUAUCGUAAUGGCUGAUAAUAUAGGCAGUAACGACUCCGUUACCGAAGCAGAAAGGCUACGGGAAGAGGAGCUAGCCAGGGAGUUGGAACAUAGUGAUUCAAAUGAAGGAGACACUCAGGACAUAUCUUUAGAAAUAGAGGAAAACUUACUAAGAGAUGAACCGGAAUAUGCCACACUUACUAAUUAUGGAGAAAGCACGCAAAGUCUUCAAAGUCAACACAUUGAAACUUAUUCUGAUGACCUCUUUAAAGAUAAAGAUGUUGAUUUGCCUAUCUACAGAGAACAAUCUACUGAUUUACUUACAUCGCAAACAGACACAUUUGUGGAUGAUAAUGAGAAAUAUGAAUCAUAUAUUAAUGAUUAUAGUUUUAGUAAUAAUCAAUCAAUGGAAGAGUGUAACAUUGAAAGUAUAAUUGACCAAACUACUUCAGAAACGAAAGAAAAUAUAGAGCAAUUAAACACAAAUGAUAUUCAAUUAAAUAAUGAGAAUGAAUAUCAAACAGAUGAAAUGCUAAGCGAAAGGGAAAGGGAGAAAAAGAGUAAAAAAGAACUAGAGGAAGAAGAAAGAGAAAAAAUGCAGGUGCUGGUGUCUAACUUUACUGAAGAGCAGUUAAAUAGAUAUGAGAUGUACAGACGAGCAGCCUUUCCCAAAGCAGCUGUAAAAAGGUUGAUGCAGACAAUAACUGGUACAUCUGUGGGUCAGAAUGUGGUGAUAGCUAUGUCCGGUAUUGCUAAAGUAUUUGUUGGGGAAGUUGUAGAAGAAGCUUUGGAUGUAUUAGAAAACUCUGGAGAAUCAGGGCCCUUGCAACCAAAACAUCUUCGGGAGGCUCUAAGAAGGUUGCGAGUGAGAGGUGCAAUACCUCCAAGAAAGGCAUACAAACAUAUGUUAAGACUCUAACAUGACAUAGUUUUAAUACUAGGUUUAAAUAUUUAGUCAAAAAUGCACUUGUAUAAAGAUUACUAAUUAGAAAAUGUUAUGAAAAGGGGCACCAUUUAUACUCUACAUGUGUAAAAUAAACAUACCUAAACAGUUUAUUAUUUAGUACUUGAAAUAUUAUAUCUUAACUGUCAGCUAUUAUGUUUUUAAAAAUGUCUAUGGUCUUUAUUAUAUUGGUAUGUAAACAAUUUUAAUUUGGUAUUAUCUUAAUAGUCUGUAGAACUUUCAAAUAGCAAAUCCCAUGAUAUAUACAAUACUGAAAUAUUCCCCCCCUUUUUAUAAAAAUUGUAUCAGUUUACUUUUAUAACAAAAGCAUUACUUUAAAAUGGUUUUUGAAUUGUUUAUAACAAAUAU